GACGAUACUUCACCUUUCUCAUUCCUCAGACUCCAACCCACUUUGAUUCUGAAAGAUUUGACUGUUGUUUCCGGUCAGUCAGCUUGCCGAAGCAGUCAGAUUUCCGUCAUACUACUCAGAAUAAAAAUGGCAUCAGGAGAUGAGCUUCCAUCCCAUCUCACUGUCGAUACCUCCAACGUUCAAAUUCUUAACUCUGAGACCUCAAAAAGACUCGUCGAAAAUUUUGUAAUCGCUCUCAUGAACAAGGAGCGUUUCUACAUCCGCACAUUCUUUUCGACAUACAAAGCAUAUACCACUGCUGAAAGUGUGUUGUACAUCCUCCUGGACAAAUAUGGAAGCUUUGGCACCUCAGAGGCAGAAGAGAUUCCAGUAAUCGAUUCAGUGAGCACAAACAGCGGAAACAAUGAUAACAUUCCGAGCUGUGAGGAGCUUGAAAAUCCAGUGCCUACAGAGACAGUUACAGAGAUCAGAAAGUCCAAAACCUUUGAUGGCCCAAACUCUGAGAAAGAUGAAGAACCAAGUUCACCAAAAGCGACUGCAGAAAUCUCAAAUUCUGGAAAUGUUGACAGUGCAAAUGGUGAGGAAAAUGGAAGUUGUGGUUCUUCAGGAUCCAGUGAAAUAAUUGCUGAAUAUGGAAGCUUUGACACCUCAGAGGCAGAAGAGAUUCCAGUAAUCGAUUCAGUGAGCACAAACAGUGGGAACAAUGCUAACAUUCCGAGCUGUGAGGAGCUUGAAAAUCCAAUUCCUCCAGAGACAGUUGCAGAGAUCAGAAAGUCCAAAACCUUUGACAGCCCAAACUCUGAUAAAGUUGGAGAACCAAGUUCACCGAAAGCGACUGCAGAAAUUUCAAAUUCUGGAAAUGUUGACAGUGCAAAUGGUGAGGAAAAUGGAAGUUGUGGUUCUUCAGGAUCCAGCGAAAUAAUUGCUAAAAGCAUAGACUUCAACAGAUCAAACUUUCUAGAAGAAUAUAAUUUCAGUCCUGCAGAAAAGGAAACACUAAUGAAAAUUGCUAUACCUGAAAUUCUCGAAAUCUGGCUGGAGGAGUCUGCCGAAGACUUUCGUCAAGUUCCAACUUACUCUUCUCUCCGGAAGGUACUUUCCUACUUGAACCAGACAGUGCCGGGGUCAGAUGCUGAACAUCGGGCCCAGAAACUCCUGAGUCGGUUUUUGGCGGAGGAAACAGCGGAGAAAGAGAUGUUCAAAGGCUACCGUAGAAGAGUUAGAUUCUAUAUUGGAGAAGAACACGACCAAACCAUCGAACAAGUUGAUGAAAAGCUCCUGUCCUACCCAUCACGCUUCAUUGCAGAGCAGCUAACUUUUAUGGAUGCUGAUCUUUUUCGCAAACUUGUGCCCAGCCAAUGUUUAGGGUCCAUCUGGUCUCAACGAGGGAAGGAAGCAAAACAGCAUCUGGUAUCAACCGUCCAGGCCACCAUUACACAGUUCAAUAAUGUUACAAAAUGUGUCACCAGCACCAUAUUAAGACCUCAACAGCUGAAACCACGGCACACGGCUAAAAUCAUUGAGAAAUGGGUUGAUGUUGCCCAGGAAUGUAGGACUUUGCAGAAUUUCUCGUCAGUGCAUGCAAUUACCACGGCAUUGCAAUCGAAUAGUGUGUUCAAUUUGAAGAAGACUUGGGCAGCCGUGUCAAAGAGCAGUAAGAUAACAUUUGAAGACCUUUCAAACAAUGAAGAAGAUAACUUUAUUGCAAGUAGAGAGCUGCUGAUGGAGGAUAUCAUUCAGGGAAUUGUGCCGUACCUGGGAACUUUCUUGACAGAAUUUUCAGCGCUGGAUUCGGCUUUCCCGAAUUACCAUUCAAAUGGCUUGAUCAACUUUGACAAGAGACAAAAAGUUAGUACUGAAAAUUGCACUGUACAAAAUGUUUGGAAUUGUAUGAAAGGGGAAAAGCAUGCUUUUCAAUCUUGUGCUGCUUUAUUUGCUUGAUGGGGGUGUAGGGGGAGUCCCCAACAGCAUCCUAAAUGUAUAUGGUCACUAAUAAAUCCAAUAAAGAAUUAAGGAGAUGCUUUGUUGCUCAGAGCAGCCAGAAUGCAGAAGCUGCUGCUACCAGGACUCGUUGAGAGGAUGAGCACAGAUGUA